UACAGCCCUACCCUUCGCUGCUUUUACCUCGGCGAUUCUCUCACGUUCGAUCUUGCAGCGUGUCACUCCGGAGCUCCGGCGAGAUGGCCGACCCACCCAUGCCGGCCUGCCCUAAUAAUUCCAGAACCCUAUUGGAUCUCGACGCCGACGCCCUCGCCCACUGCUUCGGCUUCCUCGACAUCCGGGACAUCUCCAACCUAUCCAUGACCUGCAAGCCCCUAGCUCGCGUCGCCUAUUCUGACUGCGUCUGGAAUCGUCUCUUCAGGGAGAAGUGGUCACAUUGCUCUGUAUCCUCUGGAGCUAUAGGAGUCAGAGAACAGUAUUUAGCAAGACAUACAGCCCUACAACAACUGAAAUUUUGUGAUCCGUGGGAAAUUCAUUUCAACAACUUCUACUUUGAACCAGCUAGCCAUUUAUUUCUGGAAAGAAACUCUAUCCUUUUAUCUCAGGGUUUUAGGAUACUAAGAAUAAGGGUUGAUUUUGCUGGAAUUCACCUUGAAGAAGCAUUUAUGGCUCAUGGUGCAAGGAUUACAUGCAUGAGAUUAUUUCCUAUAGUGGAGACAUCUUUGUUUCGAAAUGGUAUGCAUCCCAUGGAUAAUUUUAUAGUCACUUCAAGCUCAGACCACACUAUUCGCCUACGGUGGAAGGGUGGACCACUGCGAUGUUUUAAAGGACACAAUGGACCAGUUCUUUCACUGGCUGAUACAUUGCUCGGAGAUAGUGGUUCUAAGUUUCUAGCAAGUGGUGGAGAAGAUUGCACUGUUCGCCUUUGGUCACUUAAUACUAGUGGGAAGCAACAUCCUCUAGUUUCAACAUAUCGUGGCCAUGAGAAACCUUUGUCAUUUUUGACAGUUGCUGGGCACAAAUCUUCUCUUUUGGUUAGCAUUUCUAAAGAUUCAAGGGUCAGAGUUUGGGAUACAUCUGCAUCCUCCUCUAAUUUGUCAUCCUGUGUUGGAAUGACAUCAGUCACUGGACAACCUAUUGCUAUGCAAUGUCAUGACACACUUUGUUACAUUGCUGGUGGAGCAUUUGUUACAGCAAUUGAUUUACGAACAAUGCAAAGGGCUUUCACUGCUGCAGUCCAUGCUCCUAAAAUGUACUCAUUCCAAAUGCUACCAUCCAAAUGGCUUAUGUGUACUGGUGGAAAGGACAAGGCCUUGUUAUGGGACAUCAGAAAAAGCCAAGAACAUCAAGAAGGACCAGAACCGGUGGCCGAGCUGGAAGUAAACCACAACACAGUAAAAUUUCUACACAUGGAUCCUUACAAAAUUGUAACUGGAGGGCCAUUUGAUUACAGAGCCCAAGUUUGGGAAACCGGUACUGGCUUCCUUGCCAACACACUGGACUGCCGGUCCGACCCCAGGGAAGUGGCCGGUUUGUCAGCCAUGGCUGUCGAUCAAUGCCGAAUUGUUACGUCGGGUUGUUCAGAUUCUCCAGAGUCUGUGUGUUACCGGGACUUCUCUGGCUGUUCUUUACCUGUGUCUCUUGAAGACUUGGGCGCUGCUGGAUCAAAAUUUUGGGAAUCCGCUCCACUCAACGACUGACUUCACUGAGCCCUCCCUCCUUUUUCCUUGUCCAUGAACUAAAUAUCGUUAGAUGUAAUUAACUAAUCUUUUUUUUAGAUAUAAUCAGAAGAAAAGUUUUAGCGUUACAGUGAACUGUGAUCUAAGUUUAAGUCACAAAAAUAAUCUUUUAGGAUAAAAUUA